AUGAAGGAUGAAAUAGCAGCCACCGUCUUCUUCAUCACCCGCCUGGCCAAAAAACACAACCAGCUGAAUAGGCAGCAGAUGGAGAGGUUUGCAUCCGCGCUGACGACGAUUCUCUUCGAGAGGUAUAAAAACCACUGGUAUCUCGACAACCCCACAAGGGGACAAGGCUUCCGGUGCAUCAGGCUAAACGGGUCCCAGGCGAAAGAUCCUCUGCUGGAGCAGGCGUGCAUCGAGAGCGGCGUGGACUUUCCCAGCCUGGGUUUGCCCAAGGAGAUGACCAUCUGGGUUGACCCGUUUGACGUCUGUUGCAGAUACGGCGAGAAAAAUCCAGCUUUCACCGUGGCUCACUUCACAGGCCAAGAGAACGACCACGAGAUCUCUCAGGGCAUCCGACAGGCGGUGGAAAAGGCUUCCUCCUCCGAUUACCGCUCCAGCACCUCUUCCGAUGAGGACAGCUUCCCCACGGAGCCCAAAAGUAUUCCUACCAUUAGCAACCCCAACAGCAUCUAUCAGUGCAGUGAGCCGUUCCCACUCUGGUCCCAGUAUUCUCGGCGAAGAUGUUACGGUCCUGAUAGAGUCCCACCGAAUCCUUCUGCUGCUUACUACCUCCCGUACAAGGGGUACAAAGCCUGCCGCCCCUCGCUGCCGCUCAGCUGCCCGCGAGUGGACAGAUACCACUGGGUCAGUUCUGGUCAAUAA